UACUUGUUUGUGUACAAAGGUAAUAUCUGUGAAUGCGUGUAGUGGAUCAGACGGUGAAGGGUGUCCAAACAAAACAAACAGCUAAAUUAACUAGAGAGCUCGGAAGAGAAAUGUCACAGCCUAGUUGUGAAGCGGUUCAGGCAACAAAUGAUGAUGCUAGCGAAUGUAAACGUUGUGCUGUAAAACUGGGAUAUUGGGAUGAUCCAUAUAUUUCAUUGUUUGUGCGCGGUACAGAGAGAAAAGCUCCUGAAAUCAAUCGUGGCUACUUUGCGCGCACCAAAGGUGUGGGGAUAUUUAUCGACAAAUUUUUAAAGAAAUGUGGAGGCAAAUGUCAGUUGAUAAAUUUGGGAUCGGGUUUUGACACGUUGUACUGGCGCUUGAAAGAUUCUGGACAGACAGUUUCAAAUUUCAUUGAAUUGGAUUUUCCCACAGUGACAGCAAGAAAGUGUUACCUAAUUAAACGCAAUAAAACUCUCCUAGAGAAAAUUCAUACUGAAGAUGGAGAAGUGAGACUCAGUGCCACAGAUUUACAUGCAGGAAAUUAUCACAUAGUUGGGGUUGAUUUGACUAAUCUUUCUGAAGUCCAGUCAAAGUUAAAUGAAGCAGAAGUCAAUUACAGUUUGCCAACAUUGUUUUUAGCAGAAUGUGUUUUGGUUUAUGUAGAAGUUCCAAGAGUUGAAGAACUUCUUAGCUGGAUAGCAAAGGACUUUAGUUCUGCUCUGUUUGUAAAUUAUGAGCAGGUGAAUAUGUCUGACAAAUUUGGGGAGGUGAUGCUUUCAAAUUUACGAUCAAGAGGCUGUCUCCUUGCAGGUGUUGCAAUGUGCCAAAGUCUCGAAACUCAAAAGAAAAGGUUCUUGAACACGUCUUGGGAUGGGGCUCGAGCUUGGGACAUGGUGCAGAUAUAUUCAGCUCUUCCUGCUUCAGAACGACAACGUAUAGAGCGCAUAGAAUUUUUGGAUGAACAAGAACUGCUAACACAGUUAUUCCAACAUUACUGCAUUGUAAUAGCCUGGAAGGGUGAGAUAUUCAAUGACAUUGACAUAACAUAAAUCCAUUUAGGCUGCAUUUUUUUAUGAAAUACUGCAGUAUUAAUUAGACAUUAAUUAAUUUUAUAUAAACGUAGCUUCAUGCUUGUCUGAACCAGAAGUCCUACUACUGCCAUCAAUAUAAUAAGCUGUAGAUUGAAUCUCUGAUAAGAGGUAAUUUUGUGAAAGAAAACCCUACUCAGAGACAAGGCUUAGCUGAAUGAAGCUGCUAUUAUCCCAUAGUGGCAAUGUGUGUAGUAUUAAUUCUGGUGUUUGGCUACCUUAUCAGCUGCAAUACCAGAAAUCAGGAUAGAAGGAUGCAUAAGAGAAGCAAAACUGCAUGGAAAAUGCUGGUGAGCUCACAGUGUGAGAUUUGAGGUGCAGGGCACAGAUCAUAAGGCUUUGAAUGGCUUUGAUUUUAAUACAAAUUUACAUUUUCAUGAAGCAUAUGGAUAAAUUUCCAUAAAUCUCGAGAGUUUCAGGUGAAAUUGGUGUUAUUAUCCACUUAAUUCCAUUCUCCAUUUUAUUUUUCAUAAAAAUAGCCACAGUCUGAACAAUAAAGUUACUUGUAAACAGUUUUCCAUUUAUAUUAAUGUGCACGUCAGUUUUAACCAUUAGGCAAGUGGAACCAUUCCACUGAAACUUUUAAUAUUUAAAGUAUAUGUGUUUCCUUAAUGUGUGUAUGAUGUGAUUUGCAAACAAGUACAACAUGUAUAAAGUAUUUAUUUUUGCAUGUCGUAUAACUUUUUCUGUAGCAUAUUUUAUGUUCACAUAUUCUAGACACUUUGAGCUUCACUGUUUCUUCUUGGCACUGCAUAAUACAUAAAGUAAAUAAUGCAUGCCAGUCACUGCAAGAACAGUAUUUCUAAUCUACAUUUAAACUGCUAUUUUACAAAGUCGUAGAAAGAUCAAACUGGGCUAAUGAUGCAAUGAUCAAGUGUUACACAUCAAUGGUGCCAUCAGUUACAAGUCUUCCAAUGUGUUCUAGCUCCUGUACUGAGUGAUUAAUCAUUACUUUCUCUCUGUCAGGUUCUUAUCAGUUAACAUGUAAUAUGUUGACCUUGUAGCAUCAUUUCACUAGAGCCAUGUAUGAAACAUUUCCUAUGUAUUUGCAAAGUCAUCUUUAUUUUUUCCAGAGGACCUUUAUGAUACGAAAGGUGCUCAAAUUUCCCCCGUCAAUAAGAACAUCCCAUAAACAAACAGUGUGGCUGGUUCAUCCCAAGUAUUUAUUAUGUCAGAAGUGAGAUAUUUGAAAUUAAUUUACAUGUCUUCAGAUGCGUAAUGUUAUUAGAACCAUAUUGUCCAAGUUCUGUUGAAGUCAAUAAGAAUGUUUUGUGCACCAAUCUUUGUCAAACAUAUACAUUGAAUUAUCUUUAUAUAUUGAAAUAUUCUGCAUCUUUUUUAAAAUAAUCUGAAACAUCACUAAGAAAUAUAUAAAUGGUGUGCAACACAUCAAUGAAUUGGUUGAUUGUUAAAUUGAUCGAAAAACUUCAAAAAUGAGCUUCAUUUAGGAGUAAUAAAUUAAAAAGAUAUGUCUUUCCUUGUCUGUAAGUUAUUUGGUUUGCUUCAAAAUAUUUUAUUCGGUGCUGUUUGUUAUAUAUUUGAGAAUUUAUUUUGAGAAAAAUGCCACCAAUCUUUUAUUCUCUUUAUUAACAUCACAAAUCAUUAUUUUCCAUUCUGUGUCCCAGACAUUCUCUUAAAAGAUUUUGUUGAAUUAUUGUACAUUCUUUUUAAAGCCUUCUAUUUCUCUCACUUUUUUUACUGUUUAUGACAAAUUGUGGAGUUUGUAAAGUGAUAAAUUGGCCCUUGAAAUUUCUAGUAUUUUCCUUUUUUAUAUUAGUCAAUUUUGUCUUUGGAGCAACUGUUAGUGAGCUUAUUAUUCUUAGUGCUGUGAGGAAAGACAAUUGCUCAUGGUGUAGGACAAAUGUGAGAACAGAGAAUGCGCACGUAAACAUGGAGUGGAAUUAUAUAGCUCAUUUUACAAAAAUGGAUUUGUGAUCACACUUGAACUCAGUCAGCCACAAAACUUGAUGUAAUUAUUUGCAAGUUCAAAUAUUUAUUAGUUUACUCACAUAAUUGUGACCCAAGAUCCUGUGAUUCUGUAUGAUGUUUCUGUUCAGUCAUUUAUUUUCUCCAUGCAACUUGAUGAUCUUAAAAUUUUGGCAUCUUAGGUAUGUGAGGUGUUCAGGAUUGUGUAUAAAGUUCCAUCUUUAUUUAUUGCAAACAUUGUCAUUAAAAAAAAAAUCAAUCAUGGAAGUGAAUAGUACAGAGAAAGCAAUUACCCAAAUACAUUCAUGUAAUGGAAGUGAUUAAUAGACUUGUGCCUUGAAAGAGACAUACAGGAUAUUGCUACACUUAUUACACAGCUACUCCUACAUUGUUGGGAAUGCUACAUCACUCAGGGUUUUUUUUACAUAAAUAUGAAUAAUUUACCCAUGAUUCACUUUUCUCAGUUUUACACUUGUAGUAGGGUACCUGUGACACAGUUAAUAUGUUAAGAUGGCCUCACAGUUUGAAGUUAGCAGAGUCAUUUAUGAAAUUCCUCUUUUUUAAAGUUUAGCGGCUACAAUGGAUGUAAGGGCUGUAGGUUGUUGCUUCAUCUUGUUGGCUACCGGUAGUGUCCUAAAAUUGGUAGGGAGAGCAACUCUGUAAUUUCAUUUAUUUAUUUUUAAAUCUAGAUUAGUAACCUACUCAACAUGAGGUCUUUUCUGAAUGGAUAUACAGAUUCGUCAGACAUAAGUGAAAUCAUGUGGUGUGGUGUUUUCAGUACUUCACAGUGCUGCCAACUCCUAAUUAUAAGAUGCCACUUUUUAAUACUGUUUACUUUGUGUGUUCGUAAAAAAACAGAAAGAAUGAAAUGCUGCACCGAUUGGCUAAGAAGGCCAGUUUUGGCUAAAGAAAAUACAUUAAGCCUGAGUAAUAUCGUCCUACUGUGUAAAUGCAGUGCAUGUGUUAGUUAGGGGUCAACCUUGUCAACACCAACAAUUCAUUUAGUAGUAUUACUCUGAACUUUUCAAAAUCUCCUUGUUAUAUCACCCAGUCUUCUUUUGCAAUCUGCUCAGUUACUAGCUAAUUCUAAUGUCUCCAGUUAAUGGUUAAGGCACUUGACAGUGACAUUAGAAACUUUGACUGUGUUACAGUUGUGUUUUAUAACUGUAUAGGGCCACAAAUUAUGUGCUGCAGCAGUGAAAUACUGACUUCAUAAUCAUGGAGAUUAUAUUCCUGGUCUCAUAAUUAUGAGGAUGCUGGUUCAAAUGUAGAUUAUUUUUUGUUACUCGGAAAUUAAGAUCAUUAUUUUUACAUAUCAGUGUGAAGUAUCUCAUUUCCAUUAGCAUUGUUAGGCUGUUUAUAACAUACAUUAGUAUAUAUGUAUGUCCCAAACGUUGUUGAAUGACAGUAUUUGCCAUAUUCUUUUGAAGGAACAGAUGAUUGUCACUAUGUUGUUGAGCCUGUAAUUUCCUUCAGAACUUUUUUUUAAAUACAACAUUCAUUCCAUACACAAUGAUGAAACUUUCACAGGGAAGAUUAGUUUAGCUGUAUAAGCAAGUAUACAACUAACUUGUUACCUCUGGGAUAGAAUUACAUUCUGCAGAGUCGAUUGACAUUAUUGUUCCAGUCUAAUCCAAGUUUACAACUGCAGCUUAGAACACAGUAUACAUUUCUGUAUGCAAAACUGAUCAUGUGGUACUAUUUAGUUCAUUGAUUAUGUUUUUCAAGUUUAUACAUUUAAUUUGGCCUAAAUUUGUCUGGUGUGUAGAUACUGAAACAUGUUAAUUUUGUACUGAGUAACUCAGUGAUGUCUAAGAAAGGGAUUAAAUUAUGAGAUGUGCAGUAAAUUACACAGAAAUUAUUUUAUACAUUAAACGGAACUAUAUUCAUAAGUGACAUGUAAGCUCACUUGAUAUCAUAGGGACAUAAGAAAAUAAUUUUGAAUUGAAAUAGUUCACAAUGCAAUUUUUACUUGUAUUUUAGUUCUUCUAAUUCACCAUUCCAGAGCAGAUUGUUUUAUAUUUAGCUUUAUUUGUAUGAUGCAUGGUAUCAGUAUAUAAUACUUGCAUCCAACAUAGUUUAAUAACACUAUCACCUUGAAAUAAAUGAGCCAUCCAUUAAUUACCUUUGGGACAACUUCACUACUACGAUUCUCCUUUGUUGUACAUAUGUACUGUUUCAUAUUCUAGUCUUUGCAAAGGCAUAAAUGAUUAUGUAGACUAAUAUUUAGUGAUAACCAAAGAUUUAGUAUUAAAGUCUCAGAUAAAGUUUAAGAACCUUCUUGAUAUUAUGCUUUCUGCAAUAUUCACUAUUUCAAUAAUUCAUACUUUUUCACAUCAUCCAUUUCAAAGCUUGCUGUAGUUAUGUGAAGUAUGGUUCAUGAUCCAUGACAAGAUAUAUAACCCUCAAUUUACAGACUGAUCUCCAUUGUAUUCAGGCAGUACAAGACAAUAGCAGACUUUAUGCACUUACUUAUAUUACUAUUAUUAUUAUCAUUAGUAUUGCAAUUAGUGUUUUGUCUUGCAUAAAUUUGCAGUGUAUAAAGGCUACAUUAGAAUCCAGAUAAACAGUUUUACUCACUUCAAUAGUUAUAUUUAUUUUUCAUAUAAACGAUAUUUGAUUCUGGUAGGUUUAUUUUACAGAUCUUCUACCAUGUAUGCUUCAUGAAAGUGAGUAGGAAUUCUGAGAUUGGAAUGUUGCUGUUAUUUCUUUUUAAUUGCGUGUUUUCAUGAAAGUAGAAGGAAAGUGUACCUCACAUCCAUCACAAAUUUUGUAAGAGGGAGUACUAUUAUGUUUUGUAUUACUAUUGUGUUUUGUAUUAGUGAAGAAACAAAGCAACCAAAAUUCUAUUUCUUGAAAUAUGUUAUUUUUUCUUUCUGGAAUGAGACAGUAAGUCUGCCAGCCCCACAUUUAUUCUUAUUACAAUUUAUUAAUAACAUUGAAUGCUGGUUCCAGGUUUCUGUUAGGAUUGUAGAAAUAUUUCUAAAUAUCUUUAUCUCUCCUUGACAUUGAUUAAUACUGCAGUAUACAUAAUAAAAUAAAUUUUAUAAGUCCAUAGAUAAAAUGUUUAAAUAUUUAAAUCUGAUUAUUUAGAUAUUUUAUUUUUCAUUUGGUUACCGUUUCAUGUUCUUUGCAUAUUUAUCAGUGUGUGUCAUUGAUUCAUGUAGUAGAGAUUUGUCAUUUAUAUUGUUAAUGCAGUAAAUAACUUUUUCAUGAUGUAUCACAUGCAGUUCAAUGAAGAUUAACAUCCUGCUUGUGAUAAUAAAUGGCUGUGCAUCAUUCAUGCUAGCAUGUGUUAAUAAUGUAAGACUGUUGUUAUUGUAUAAAGUCUCACAAUGUUCAGGUACCCUAUGAAAUAGAAAAUAUGUGGCGAGUUGAUGUUAAAUACCAUGCCUGUUGAACUUACUGGUGUGGAUAAAAGAAAAAAAAAUUAGAUUUAACACUGGGAUGUACCAUAUAAGUGACUUUUGCAUUAUGAUCAGCCUUUUAGAACACUUUUCUGGGGUAAUGGGUGAAUGUCUCACUUGAUAGUUCAUUACAGUAUGAUUGUCUAAUUAUAUCACUAUAUGUAUAUGUCCAGUGGAAAUUGUAGGUAUAACUUCAAAAAUGCUAUUAUAUUGAUACCUAUGGUAACCAGUCUUCUUAUAUUUUCAGAUGUGUAUUGAUGAUUUGUAAGCAUUAGAUAUUAAAAUAUCAUUUCUGUCUGCUUACAUUUCUUCAGAUUUUUUUUUUUUUUUUUUUUUUCAAUUAAGUUCCUGUUUUUAUUUUCAAUUUAUUGAUUUUCUGUUACAUUUAAUUCAAACUCCCUGUGAAUUUGUAAUAAAAGGUUUUAUUUUAUUAAUUUGAUUGGUGGGUGGAAUGUUGUAUAAAUCACUAACUAUGAAAGAAAAAUUUAUCAUGUGACUUAUGAGAGUUUUGAGUAGUUGUAAUUUUCUGUUAUAAAGACUUCCUUGUAUACUAAUCCGAGUACAAGACACAUUUCAUUCUUGUCUUGCUUAUGCCUUUGUCAGUGAAUUUCUUUGUCAUGCUGACAUUUCAUAAUUGGUGAGAGAUAGUAUUUGCAUUGGCAUUUCUGUUCUGUGAUAUCAAUAUGUGAAGUCAACAUGUGGAUGUGAAGUGUAUAAUCCAAGGUUUUCGUGUCGUACCAACGUUAAAGAACAUUUCAAUAUCUGCAAUAAAAUUAAUCUGGGUUGAGUCCUCAGACUUUACCAUUACAA